AUGGAGAAUACAGAAGAUGAUGAUAUGCCCGUUUUGUCGGGCUCCGCGCUUGAUGCCUUGAAAGAGUUUUACAAAGACCGAGAUGCGCAUCAACAGAAAUUUGAAGACUUGAAGCAGCGGGCUGAAGAUCAGGCUGAUGGCGUGCCUUUGACUAUGGAUGCUUUCGCCGAGGAUUGGAAUGAAUCGCAAUUUUGGUAUUCCAAUGAGACAGCCACAAUCCUCGCCCAGGAACUCCUGAGAGGUGCUGUUUCUGAUACGGUUAUUGCUGUUGUAUCGGCUCCAAGUGUGUUCAUACAGUUGAAAAACAUUGUUGCAGGGUGGGCGGCGGACGAGAGGCCGACGCUUCAUUUAUUGGAGUUUGAUGAGAGGUUCGGCGUGUUUCCGGAGUUCAACUUUUAUGAUUUCAAUAAUCCGUUAAAACUUCCUUCGCAUUUGAAAGGAUGUGCCGAUCGUGUUAUUUGUGACCCGCCAUUUUUGAGCGAGGAGUGUCAAACAAAAGCAUCUCUAACUGUUCGAUGGCUGUCAAAAUCAUGGGGUCAAAACGAAUCGUUGAUGUCGUGGGGACAAGAAGAGGCUCCGCCAUCGAAGCUUAUCGUUUGUACAGGUGAACGGGUAGGAGAUAUUGUGAAUAAGCUUUAUCGACCACAAGGUAUUGCAACCACGACUUUCCUUCCGGUGCACGCGAAGGGGUUGAGUAACGAGUUCUUUUGCUUCGCUAAUUUUGAAUGCGAACAUUGGACGUGGAGAAAGUCAGAUGGUGAGAAAUAG